AUGGCAUCAUCACACUUGACACAGCUGUUGCAAGUGUACACCAAAGGUACCCAGGCAUGGUUUACAGAUGACCAAGAUGGCUGGGUUUCUGCAUCUGUCGAGUCAAAUGAAACUGUUGGAAACACUGUCAAGAUGAUUUUCACGAAUGACCAAGACCCUACUAGAGAACAUGUAUUCGAGGGAUCCCUGACAGAACUUGACAAACACAAGGGCAACACCCUACCCCCUUUAAGAAACCCUCCCAAGAUGGAAGAUAUUGACGACUUGACUAACCUCAGUUAUCUCAACGAACCCUCAGUCCUGAACACGAUUCGUAUUCGUUACCUUCAGCGUAAUAUAUAUACUUACUCUGGCAUCGUUCUAAUCGCCGCAAACCCUUUUGCACGCGUUCCCCUGUACGAACCUCAGGUGAUUCAACAAUACUCUGGAAAACGCCGAGGAGAACUUGAACCACAUCUGUUUGCCAUAUCCGAAGACGCCUACCGGUGUAUGAUCCGCGAAAAGACAAACCAGACAAUCGUUGUUUCUGGAGAGAGUGGUGCUGGUAAGACUGUGAGCGCAAAGUACAUCAUGCGGUACUUUGCAACUGCCGAUGACAAGGAAACGGCCGGAAAGGUGGCAAAGGACAGUUCGGGAAGUAUGACUGAAGUAGAAGAACAAAUCUUGGCCACCAAUCCGAUCAUGGAAGCGUUUGGUAAUGCAAAGACCACACGUAACGACAACAGUUCUCGCUUUGGAAAAUACAUAGAGAUCCAAUUCGAUAAACAAUACAACAUUGUUGGUGCCAAGGUCAGAACCUACUUGCUGGAACGUUCGCGCCUUGUCUUCCAACCCCAGAUCGAGCGUAAUUACCACAUCUUCUACCAACUGUGUGCAGGCGCACCUGAGGCUGAACGGGAAAGACUCGGAAUCAAGGACUGGACGGCAUUCAACUAUCUUAAUCAAAGUGGAUCUGGAGUGAUUCCUGGUGUAGACGAUAUCGAAGAGUUUGAAUUGACCCAGUCUUCAUUGGAAAAGAUCGGCGUGACCAAAGAGACACAAUGGGACAUCUUCCGCUUGUUGGCUGCAUUGUUACAUCUUGGUAAUAUGGAAAUCGGCGGUCGAGGAGAUGCAUCCCUGGCCGAAGAUGAGCCAUCUCUUGUAUUGGCCACCCGUCUGCUGGGUAUUCCGCUGGCCGAGUUCCGCAAGUGGAUCAUUCGCAAGCAAAUAAUCACUCGUUCCGAGAAAAUCGUGACCAAUCUUUCUACAACCCAGGCACAGGUCGUCAGAGAUUCGGUCGCAAAGUACAUUUAUGCAUAUCUGUUUGAUUGGCUGGUGGCAAUUGUCAACGAUAGUCUGUCGUGCCCGGAUCCUGACAGUGUCACUGCGUUUAUUGGUGUGCUAGAUAUUUAUGGAUUCGAGCAUUUCCAAAAGAACUCGUUUGAACAGUUUUGCAUCAACUAUGCCAACGAAAAGUUGCAGCAACAGUUCAAUCAACAUGUAUUCAAAUUGGAGCAAGAGGAGUAUGUCCGUGAAGAGAUCGACUGGAAGUUUAUCGAGUUUGCCGACAACCAAAAGUGUAUUGAGAUGAUCGAGAACAAGAUGGGUGUCUUGUCUCUGCUUGAUGAAGAGUCUCGUCUUCCAUCUGGCACUGACCAAGGGUUCUGCAAUAAGCUCUAUUCGACCUUUAGCAAUCCUCCUUAUCAGGAUUACUUUAAGAAACCUCGUUUCUCAAACAAUGCUUUCACUGUGGUACAUUAUGCUCAUGAUGUACAGUAUGAGGCUGAAGGAUUCUUGGAAAAGAACAAGGACACCGUACCUGAAGAGCACCUUGCCCUUUUACAAAAGACAGAAUUCUCAUUCUUAUCGACAAUGAUGCAAACUGCUGCUGCUGCCAUUGCUGCAAGUUCACCAGUAGUCGAAACCCAAAAGAAGUCCAAUAACGCUGCUGCAAAAAAGAGUACCCUUGGUUCUAUAUUCAAGCUGUCUUUGAUUAAUUUGAUGGACACCAUUAAACACACCAAUGUACAUUAUAUCCGCUGUAUCAAACCCAAUGAAGCCAAGCAGGCGUGGGCAUUCGAGCCAAACAUGGUUCUCUCUCAGCUUCGUGCAUGUGGUGUAUUAGAAACAAUCCGUAUCAGUUGUGCAGGAUACCCAUCUCGCUGGACAUUCGCAGAUUUUGCAGACAGAUAUUAUGCUCUCGUAAAUUCAUCUCAUUGGGAUCCUGCCACCAAACCAGAUAUUCGUAAACUGUGCAGCGUAAUUUUAGAUACCCACAUCAAAGACAAGGAUAAAUACCAAGUUGGUCUCACCAAGAUUUUCUUCCGUGCUGGACAGUUGGCAUAUAUGGAAAAGUUGAGAUCAGAUCGAUGGAACGCAUGCGCAACGUUGGUACAGAAGAAUGCCAGAAGAUUUAUUGCCCGCAUCCAAUAUCUUCGUACCAAGGAGUUUAUACUCAAGCUCCAACAACUCGCACGCCAAAAGGUUGCUGCCCAGAAUCUGAUUACCUUGCGUAAAGAAAAGGCUGUAGUAGUGCUUCAAAAGUACUGGCGUGGUCACUUGGCUCGAGUGAAGCAUAAGAGACAACUUGCAUUUGUAGUUCAGCUCCAGGCCUCUGUCAGAGCUUUGGUGGCCAGGAAAAGGUUUGCAUUGAUCCGUGAACACAAUGCAGCCACAACUAUUCAGCGCAUGCUUCGUGGAUGGGUUGUACGCAAGAAAUACCAAGCUCGACGUAACCAUGUGAUUUCUAUUCAGGCGUGUGUCCGUCGCCGAAUGGCUCGUAAACAACUUGCAGAAAUCCGCGCUGAGGCUCGUUCAGUGAGCCACUUCAAGGAGGUGUCCUAUAAGCUCGAGCACAAGGUGAACGAGCUGACCCAGAGUCUGAACCAUCAAAAGGAAGAAAAGACGAUGCUCAAGACCAAGACUACGGCGCUUGAAGCACGUGUCAAGGCAUGGAUCGAGCAAUAUGACAUCCUGGGCUCGAAAGCCAAGGACCUCGAGAAUGUGGUUGGCAAGCCGAGCGAUGUCGAUAGCCAGUGGGCAGCUCUCCAACAGGAACGCGAGCGUCUUCAGCAGGAUUAUACAAACUCUCUUCAGAAGAUCAAGGGGCAGGAUCAGGCUAUUGCUCAGCUUAGUCAGGAACUCAUCCGCCAAAAACAGGAAGUGGCCAAGCUUAAACAAGUUUCAGAAACAGUGGUCCAAACUGGUCAGGCACCAGAUGUCACGGUUUUGAAACAACAAAUCGCUGCUCUCCGAUCUCAGCUUUCAUCUACGUUGCACCACAGCCAGCCUUCUCAGAAGACACGAUCUCAGUCGACUACCAGUACUCCCCUUUCGACAGCCAACCGACAUAAUGAUAUUUCUGCUGGUGGUGGAGAUUUAGCCGUCAACCAGCUGCGAGUUGGAGAGGUUGCAAAGCCAAGGGAUCAAAAGUGGGAGUUUAUGGAUGAAGAGGGCUUCUUACAGGAUAUGUUGGACGCACUUGUCACCAAACUUGCUAUUCCGUUUGAUGGCCAAACCAAGGAGCGCAAGGAAAUUGUAUUCCCUGCCCAUUGCAUUGGUCAAUAUAUCAUACAACAUUUGGCAUUUGAUAGACUUGCAGCCGAACGUUUACUAGAUUCCAUCGUUGAGACCAUUCAGAAGCAUUGUCUGGGUCUUCAUGAUGAGGAAGCUACAAUAGCAUGUGCCUUUUGGUUGACAAAUAUCCAAGAACUUGUGUGCAUCCUGGGAAACAAUGCGCAGUCUGAUUCUGCCGAGAUCGCUGUGAACCAGCAAAGUACGGUCAAAAUCAACGCAAAGUUAGCGUUGGCCCAGUCCAAGAUCUAUGGACAUAUUUCCCGUGAGAGUAAACGCAAGGUAUCAAGAAUGGUCUCGGCUGUUGUCGAGAACCAAUCGUUGCCUGGAUUUAUUACCCCUGACACCGGUCGUGCCAAGAGCUCGAUGGACGAUUUGACAUCUGUGCUGACAAAGUUGGAUCGUACAUUGGUGUGCUUCCAAGUUGAUAACUUUGUGGUUGAGCAACUCUUCAUGGAAGUAUUUAAAUACAUUGGAGUAUGUGCAUUUAAUGACAUGGUGAUGCGCCGUGGAUUCAACUCUUGGAAGAGAGCUAUGCAAAUUCAAUACAAUGCCAAUCGACUUGAAGAAUGGUGCCGGUCUCACCAACACACCGAUUGUACACUUCCUUUGGAACAUGUAUCCCAAGCUGCUAAAUUACUCCAAUUGAAGAAAACUACUCAGGAGGAUAUUCGAAUCAUUUUUGAUGUCUGUUGGAUUCUUUCACCUAUCCAAGUCCAGAAACUUAUUCAACAAUACAGCGUGGCAGACUAUGAGGAUCCUAUUGGCCAUGACAUCCUUAAGACUGUGGCGUCCCGUGUUAGUAGCGGGGAAACACUUUUAUUAGAUCCGGUCUCAUUGGACGAGAGUCAAUUUGAGGCACCAGAACCCCGUCAGCAAGCGAUUGACACGUAUUUGCCUGCCUUUUUGCAAGGUCAUCGUAUUGAGCAGCUCAUGACAACCAAAUCUACUUAGAAGAAAAGAACAAAUAGAGAAAGAAACUAAAGAGGAACAUAGCAAACAAUCACAGGCAAAGGACACAGACCAAAAUGUAUAUGAAAAACAGCAAACAAAAAAAAAGUGAAUAAGAAAAAUGCCUUGCGUGGGAGGAGGAGGAAGAGGUUUUCUAUUUUAUUUUUAUUUUAUCAUAAUUCUCAUCAAAUUUCCCUCUCUCUCUCUCUCUCUCUCUCUUUCUCUCUCUCCAUCGUCACCUUCAUCUCCUCUCAUAACUUCACCUUCACCUUACCAUUACCCUUACUUUUUACCCAUUCUAUCCUCCAUUUCCCUUUUUCUUUUUAUUUUCAUUUUCUCUCUUUAUUUUGACUAUAAUAAAUAAUAAAUAUAUUUACAUUUAUGACCUCUUU